UUCCUAUCUUAAGUCCUAAGUUAAGAUAGGAGAAGUGGAGAUAGGAUUUUUCUCAAUUUGGUAUUACAGAAACAUAUCCUAUCUUAAUUUAGGAAUCCUAUCUUAUCUCAGGUUAAGAUAUCCUAAGUAGGCGAUCUAGCAUCGACAUUCAGCUUUUAUGUCUGUUACCUAGCAACUGAUGAAACUUGUUGUCGGAUCACGUCACUUCACAGCUGACAACUGUCAUAAUCCUAAAAUAUCCAAAAACAACUGCUAGCUAUGGAUGGGAUUGGGAAAAUACAACGUCGUGCCGAAAAUUUUAAAGCGGACGAAAUAGAAAAGUUGGUGAGUUUAGUAGAAAGCUCAAAGGAAAUAUUGUAUGGGAAAUUUUCUAUGAGUCUGACCAAAGAAAAGAAAGACCAAGAAUGGCUGAAAAUAGCCGAAAAGGUGAGCACCGUAUCAGGGAUCAGUAGAAACGUUGAAAACGUCAAGAAAAAAAUUACCACACUCACAAGUGUCGUUAAGAAAAAAGCAACGUUAAUUUGUAAAGACCGGAGAAUUACCGGUGGUGGCAACUCUUCCGCUACCCCCCUGACACCGGCGGAGGACCGGAUUGUGGGACUCCUCAGCAAGGCUGACUACGAGGGCAUCGAUGGAGGCUUUGAGACUGGGUUGCCAGUGGACUUCUUGGAGACCACAACUUCAGUCAGUGAAGUUGUUGAAGUCGAUGCUACACAACCGCCUCCUGAAAAGAAAACACGUCCGCUGAAGUCAUCACCAGAAACCCUUGCUCUGCUAGAAAUUGAGAGGGAGAAGCUUCAAUUAUACAGAGAGAGAGUCGCCAUAGAAAGAGAGCGACUCCUCCUUGAGAGGGAAACAUUUGAAUGGGAGAAGAGUAGGGCCAGAGUGUGCAAAAAAUGUUUAACUGAAAUAUAAAUGAAUGAAUUGUAAUCUUGA